GGGCUUCAACGGCCCAUUUAGCUCUCGCUUGUCGAACAUGAUGUUUUUGGGGAAAUGGAGUAGAGGAUAUCCGUGUCUUUGCCAAUUCUUCAUGGCUUUUUCCGUUUUAUUUUACUCCGACUCUGAGAUCUGGCAAAAUGACGUCCCAACUUGGUUAUGAGCCAAUACACUGUAUUACAGGAAUCCAACGGUUGAUAGCUUUUCAUAGCUUCUUUUAGCUUUAUUUUGGAUGUGUUAUACAGGUUAUUGAAAAAAGUAUGGAAUCUUGGCGAGCUUUGGGCUGGAGAGUGUAAGACAGAUGGAGAAGAGUAGGGGAAGGAAGGUGAUGAAAGACAAGGAGGAAGCAGUUGAUGAUGAUCCUUGGUGGUGGUUGGUUCACAAGGGAAUUGCGGCCUCAUUUAUGUGCAUUGCUAUGUUUGCAUUAUUAGUGAGAGUGGCCGUAUCGUUACAUCCUUAUUCUGGUGCUGGGAAUCCUCCCAAGUAUGGGGACUUUGAGGCACAGAGGCAUUGGAUGGAGAUCACCCUUAAUUUGCCAGUUAAGGAAUGGUACCGUAACAGCACAACCAAUGAUCUCAGCUAUUGGGGACUAGACUAUCCUCCCCUUACUGCCUACCAGAGUUAUAUCCAUGGUCUAUUUCUCAGAUUCUUCCAUCCUGAAUCAGUUUCUCUCUUUACUUCUCGAGGCCAUGAAUCUUAUUUUGGAAAACUCCUCAUGAGGUGGACGGUUUUAUCCUCUGAUGCACUAAUGUUCUUUCCUGCAGUCUUCUAUUUUGUCAUUGUAUACUAUGCUGGCCGCCCACAUGGCCAGAAAACUGAUAUAGCAUGGCACAUUGCAAUUAUGUUACUGAAUCCGUGUCUGAUGCUAAUAGAUCAUGGUCAUUUUCAGUACAAUUGUAUCAGCUUGGGCCUUACUGUUGGAGCUGUUGCUGCUGUUCUUUCUAACAAAGAACUAGUAGCUUGUUUCUUGUUCAGUCUUGCUCUCAACCAUAAACAGAUGAGUGCAUAUUUUGCACCUGCAUUUUUCAGUCAUCUUUUUGGAAAAUGUAUUAGGCGCCAGAAUCCACUUCUUGAAGUAUCAAAACUGGGCCUUGUAGUCUUGGGAACAUUUGCUCUUGUUUGGUGGCCAUAUCUCCAUUCUAUGGAAGCCUUUUUAAGCGUUCUCUCUCGUCUUGCUCCUUUUGAGAGGGGCAUAUAUGAGGAUUAUGUGGCUAACUUUUGGUGCACCACCUCAGUUCUUAUAAAAUGGAAGAGAAUGUUCACAACACAGUCACUGAAGCUUCUCAGCCUUGGUGCUACUUUUUCUACUUGUUUGCCUUCAAUGGUUCAGCAGAUACGUGCUCCAAGCAACCAAGGUUUCCUUUAUGGACUGCUGAAUAGUGCAUUCUCAUUCUAUAUGUUCUCAUUUCAAGUGCAUGAGAAGUCAAUUUUGCUGCCUCUUCUGCCCGCAAGCCUUUUGGCACUGGAAGAACCUUUUCUUCUCAAAUGGAUCACAUUCUAUGCUUUGUUCUCUAUGUUCCCCCUUCUAUGUCGUGACAAACUGAUUCUGCCAUACGUUGCACUGUCUGCUCUAUUCAUCCUUAUUUAUCACGUGCCAAGUGGAAGGCAAGAUCGAAGGGAAAGACUUUCGUUCAAUUCCUUUGUGACAACCUUACUCAUGUUGUGCUCAGUUGUUCUUCAUAUUGUUUACAUAACCAUGAAGCCCCCCAAUAGAUAUCCUUUCCUUUUUGAAGCUGUGAUUAUGUGUCUCUGCUUCUCACAGUUCGUGGUGCUUAGUUUUUACAGUAACGCAAAGCAAUGGGCGUUGAAACGCACCAUUUUCAUGGAUAAAGAAAAGAAACUUGUUUGAU